UCGUCGCUCUCCCGCAGGCUCCGCGGCUUCACCCACAGCGCACAGAGCUGCUAACUUUUCACAUUUGUUUUUGUCGCGGUCAGAAACUCAAGAGUUUGGAGACACACAAAUGGCUCAGCCGUUUCCCACAAGUUUAGGAUGUGAUACAGAUUUAAACUCGGAAAGCGGACUCGUCUAAACUGUGCCACAACUUCAAAACAAGAUCGACGACGGGAGCGAGUUGCAAGUCGAGAUAAAGAAAGGGAUCAGGAUCGGACCCGCUCCUAUCGAGGUCAAAGUCAAGAUGUCUGUCAGCAACCACGAAAACAGAAAGUCUCGUUCUAGUUCUGGCUCAAUGAAUAUCCAACUCUUCCACAAGACAUCCCACGCGGACAGCCUGUUGACUCAGCUCAACCUGCUACGCAAACGCCGAGUCUUCACAGAUGUUGUGCUAAAGGCCGGCAACCGUUCCUUCCCCUGCCACCGGGCCGUCUUGGCCUCCUGCAGCCGAUACUUUGAGGCCAUGUUUAGUGGCGGUCUCCGGGAGAGUCGUGAUGCUGAUGUCAACUUCCACGACUCUCUCCAUCCAGAAGUACUGGAGCUCCUGCUUGACUACGCUUACUCAGCCCGUAUCAUCAUCAAUGAAGAAAAUGCAGAGUCACUACUGGAAGCUGGAGACAUGCUUCAGUUUCACGAUAUCAGGGAUGCAGCGGCAGAGUUUCUGGAAAAGAACCUCCACCAGUCCAACUGUCUGGGGAUGAUGCUGCUGUCCGAUGCCCACCAGUGCCAGAGACUUUAUGAACUGUCAUGGAGGAUGUGCCUGGCAAACUUUGCUACUCUCUUUAGGACAGAAGACUUCCUAAGCCUGCCCAGAGACAAAGUUCAGGAGCUCAUCCUUAGUGAGGAACUAGAGGUGGAGGAUGAGAGUCUGGUGUACGAGGCCGUUAUUGACUGGGUCAAGGCAGACAUGGAGAGGAGGCACAGCGAGCUGCCCGAGCUGCUGCGCUGUGUCCGCUUGGCGCUGCUGCCUGAAUCGUACCUGCUGAAGAACGUUGCUUCAGAGGAGCUGGUGAUGUGUCACAAAGUGUGUCGGGAGAUCGUUGAAGACGCUGUACGGUGUAAGAUGAGGAUCCUCCAGAAUGAUGGGAUUGUAACGGGGUUCUGUGCACGGCCAAGAAAAGUCAGCCAGGCUCUGCUGCUGCUCGGAGGUCAGACUUUUAUGUGUGAUAAAGUCUACAUGAUCGAUAACAAGACCAAGGAGAUCACCCCAAAAACAGACAUCCCCAGCCCCAGGAAAGAGUGCAGUGCGUGUGCUAUUGGUUGCAAGGUUUAUGUUACUGGAGGACGUGGCUCUGAGAAUGGAGCGUCCAAAGAUGUCUGGGUCUACGACACAUUACAUGAUGAGUGGUCUAAAGCGGCGCCGAUGUUGGUAGCCAGAUUCGGACACGGUUCUGCAGAGCUUGACCACAUGCUGUAUGUUGUGGGAGGACACACUUCCCUCGCGGGAUCCUUCCCUGCCUCUCCGUCUGUGUCUCUCAAACAGGUGGAACAGUACGAUCCACAGACCAAUAAAUGGACCCUCGUGGCUCCGCUCCGAGAAGGAGUGAGCAACGCUGCCGUCGUCGGUGCCAAAAACAAACUCUUCGCUUUUGGGGGCACCAGUGUAAACAGAGACAAAUACCCCAAGGUACAGUGCUUUGAUCCCUGCCAGAACCGGUGGUCGGUGCCGGCUGCCUGUCCGCAGCUGUGGCGAUACACGGCUGCUGCCGUGGUCGGCAACCACGUCGUCGUGAUCGGCGGCGACACGGAAUUCUCGGCUAGCUCGGCGUAUCGGUUCAACAGUGAGACGUACCAGUGGUCAAAGUUUGGCGACGUGACAGCCAAGCGGAUCAGCUGUCACGCAGUGGCAUCAGGAAACAGACUUUAUGUGGUUGGAGGGUACUUUGGGGCACAGAGGUGCAAAACACUAGACUGUUACGAUCCAGCAUCAGACUCCUGGGACAGUGUGACCAGUGUGCCCUACUCGCUCAUUCCUACUGCCUUCGUCAGCACAUGGAAGUAUCUCUCGGCAUAGAGAUGCACUGACUCUUUGAGGUUUUGCGAUGAGCCACAGAGUCUGGUAUGCAGGAAUGUGUCUCCCUUCAGUGGCUCCGAGGAGGAGGAGGAGGAAGAGGAAGAGGAAGGGGUUUGCGUAUUCACGUUGUUGCUCCAUCCAGACUGAUUCACAUUAUCUUCAGCUGCAGAGAAGCGAAGGCCUGGAAACAGCACAGAGACUGGAAGUCUGCGGCUUUCUUUUCUUUCCUUU